AUGGGCAACUGUGUUAACAAAAGUGAUGAAAACAACUCAUCAUGCUGGUGUUCUGAACAACAGACUUAUACCCACUCACUGCUUUUUUCUACUGUGUACCUAGUGAUGUUUGUCGUAGGAUCUACUGGAAAUAUUUUGCUUAUCCGGGCACUUGUUUGCACUAAGAAACAGAAGAGGUUCUUUGACUGCAUUUUCAUAAACUUGGCAGUGGCUAACAUCCUCUGUCUUCUUAUGUUGCCACUUUUGGCCACUCAGUCUUUACAUUCAGACUGUCAUAUUUGUGGAAGAUCAACGUGCAUGAUCAGUAGUUAUGUCACUUUUACUGCAACAUAUGCCGCCACCUUUUGUCUGCUUAGCCUGAGUAUCAAUUGUUGGAUGGCUAUUUUAUACCCCAUAAUUUCACAAAAAGAACGUCGACAAAGCACAAUUCUAGUAGCGAGCUUUGUUAUAUGGAUUAUGGCAUUUCUACUAGCAAUUCCACACGCAGUAUUCCAAAAAGCAAAGGAGGGUGAUGGUGCUGUGUGCACAUUGGAUUUCAAUUCUCUUUAUGUCUUGUCUCCCAUGUUAGAGACCAGUAAAAAUGAUUCAGUUCCAUGUUUUGAGGCAGUUUUCAAGCUGAUCUUAACCAUCAUCACAUUUGCCAUACCUGUCAUUCUAAUGGUUAUUUUUCUUGUUUCUGCUGUUAGUGUUGCUCGGUGUAGUGAGAAAAGCAAGGUUGAAGACUUCAGAGCUCGGACCCUUCUAACUAUUGUUUCUGCUCUUCUGGUGGUAUUUCUCAUUUGCUGGUCUCCAUUUCAUGUCAUCAGUACUUGGACUGCUGCAAUGCAGCUGACACUUGAACCUGCUCCCAGCAGUCUCUGCUGCAUACUUAGUAGAAUUCAUCAGUAUGUAGUACACCUGAGCAACAUUUAUGCUGCACUAAAUCCGUUUGUAUAUGUGGCUUUUGAUCCUCGAUUCAGAGCAGAGUGCUGGGCUACACUGACAUGUAGAAGAUGUUAA